UUGUAUUCACGGCCAUCAAUAAAACAAAAACAACUAUAAUUCACGUGAAUUUGAAAAGAAGUUCUGACAAAAUGACUACAUUUCUACUACUGAUCAUUGCACUGGUUCUAAUUAACACGGUUCAUUGUAUCAAUUCAAUUAAACGAAAAAAAAAUAAUUUAAGCUCGGAAGAUCAUUCAUUAGUUUCAAAAAAUAAUCGCUAUAUAUUACCAGAAAUUCCAGUGUACACAACUUCCAUUUCAAUAUUAGAAAAUAUGGAAUAUAAAAUAAUUGAUAAUGUUUUUAAAAACUCAAAUGGAAGGGUAAUUUUUCCGACAAAUAAUUUAGAAAAUGUUGAAUAUUCGAUAUUUAAAAGCAAUAACAAAAUUGGUUUAGAAUCGCCACAAAUUAAAUCUUUACCAGUUUUAAACGCAAUCGAAACAAGAAGGGAAGAAAAUUUUGAUCUUGAAUUAGAACCAAGACCACAUGACAUUGAAAAUUGUUCAAAAAACUUGACUUUUUGCGAAAAAAUUCAAAAUUAUCCAAGAAAAAAAAUACUUAAGUUAUUAACUAAUGAAAAAAACUUAAUGUUUUCAAUUUUAAUUGACAAACAUUCUGCAACGAAUUAUAACAUAUCUUCGUUGAAUAAUAUGAAUUUGAAGAAUAUGUGUUUUUCUAAAGAAUUUGUGAUUUAUCCAGAAGUAGCUCUCAAUCAUAAUGGAAAAUGGCGUUACAUUGUACAAGAUGGUAACAGUAAUUUCAAACAAGGAAUAAGUAUUAUACAAUGCAGAAAGGUUGGAAUGAGCUGUCCAUUUACGAAAUUAUUACCAAACAAUAUUAAAACAUGUUGUGUACAAGAAUAUAUUAAUAUCAAAUUAGUGACCGUUGAUACAUCAAAAAAUAUAUAUUAUGAAAAAUUUAAACUUCCAUGUUGUUGUAAGUGCAAGUAUAUAGAUUCUUAAACAUUAAUGGACGACGAAAAAGCAGAUCAUAUUUUUUAAGAUUCGAUGAUACCGCAAAAUAUAAUUACAAUAAUCAGUAUAUCCGUAGUAAUAACAUAUUAACCAUACAAAUUUAAAAUAGUUAUA